AUGCCGCACCCAGCAGAGAAAAGUAGAACACGAGAGCUUCUUGGCCAGGUUGUAGUAGGAACAAUGGCAGGCGCUGCAAUUGGUCUGGGAAUUGGUGUGCUCCAGAAGGGCUUCUGCAGAAAUUCUUCAAUCUCUUCCCGAAUAACAGAUACUAUGAUAAUUGGAGGAUCUUAUGUUCUCUUUGACAAUCUAAUAUCAAAAUAUAACCUUAGCAAAACGUAUAGACCAAUUGUGGCCGGUCUGGCUGCAGGAAGUCUGGGGAGCAGAGGAGGGGCAUCCUCUAUUAUUGCCACUUCAGUGGCAACAGCCUGUGCAGCGUACGCUCUGGAAAGUGCAGAUAUCCUAAACCAGACAGAUGUACAUCUGGAGUAG